GAACGACGUAGUGGAGGAAGCGGGCAGGAGCCGAUGGAGGCCGGGAGCGCAGCAAGACAGGGUCGGAUGGAUCUGGAUGGCGCCCGCGGUCCCGACGCCGACGACGUCCUUCAGGUGACAGAUAUGUCGUCAACAACAACGUGAUGCCCAGCACGCGCUCUGCAUCGGCCAACAUUGAGUUGCGCACAUACUCAAUUCGACGCGAGCCUACGCGCCGCGGACGAUCGGGAGCGCUGAGGGCCGCGCUUGUGUGACAUGCAUCGGCUGUGUCGAUUGUUGCUUCGUGCGGGCGGGACUGGAAGUGUGAGUGCACACCGAGUGCGAGAGUCGCUCGAGUGAGCGGCGAGCGUCGAGGCUGGAGAGAGGAAGAGAGGGAGAGAGGAAGAGAGGGAGGGUUGGAAAAGGCCAGAGACGGGAGCAGGAGAACGAGGGCUGCGAGGCGGAGGCUGAGAGUGCGUAGGUUAUGAUGAGCGAGGUGUCGACGAUGAGACGGAGGAGUUGUCUUGCCUAGGCGGAAAGGAGUUUGGCCGGGUUCAAAGCUGUGCUCGUUUGUCUGGUAGAGACUGUAUGGUCUUGGCGUAAUACAGUGCAUUGUCGCAACGCGUCAUCUCGUUGCUUCUGUUCUGCGUUGGUCUUUGUCACCUCAUCUAUAUCGUGCCGCACGUCCCUGCUCCUUGACUGUUAGGAGGAAUCCGUAACCAGUUUGCCGGCAAUUCGAUACCGGUGCUGAAAGUGCUGUAAGGAUUUCUCGGAGGAAACUUCUUCUUGAACGGUCAUAUCACUUUCUCACGGAUCGUCAGGUGGUGUUGAGGAGAGCGGCCACCAUUCGUUUCCCUCCAUGAUCUUGUAGAGCUUUGGUAUGAUUAGGAUUAGUUGCUCUGUGGACUGGACAACUCCUUGACGUGCUGAUCACCUGCACGUGACCUCAGAUCGCAGCUCCAUUAGAGGCUGCUGAACUGAAACUUUCACAUCAAAAGGGUCGUCAAGAAGAGGACUGACCCGCAUUUGUGUUGGAUCGUUCUGAAACUGUCAAAGAAGCAGUCAGUGGGAGAGAAAUGUGGAACUUGUGAAAGAACGUAGAAUCGUGCUUGCCGCACACAAAACUCCCUCGUUCAACAAGCAAGAAUAUUCUAAUUUCUACAAAAUCUUGUUCAAGUGCCUCUCUUCGGUGGUAAUUCCACACAUGCGCAGUUGUUGCUAGAAUGAGAGAAUUGCGACUACGUCAAUCUAUACUUGGGUCUUGCAGAGCAGGAAGGCUGAGUAAUUGUAGAUCGAGAAGAAAGAGGUAGUAUUUGCUGUCCUUUUUGUAGAAAGACGGAGUUAGAAUCUCAAAGCUGUUUUCAUCUCUCAGACAUAUUCUUCAUGCCAUGCCACAGCUAUUUACCGAAUGCCCACUAUAUGUAGUUAUUUUCCUUGCCUGAAUUCUUGAUGAAAGUAAACGAUGAGAACGACCCAUUUGUGGAAGAACAUUCUGAGUCUCCCUGUUGACGAGGAGUAGAGGUAAGUUAGGUGUACCAUUCUAGAAGGUAGCUGUUUCGAAGUUCUCUACCAGGAAGUACAGGUGGUUGGAGUAUGAAUGGGGCCCACAGCAUUUCAGAGGCUGAGAAGAAAAGGAUCGAAGAGCUUGAAUUCGAACCUGGGCCUGUCCCUCCUCUGAGGCCAGUCGAUCGAUUUGGCUUUCUCAAGCCAGCGGGUUCUCCUGCCGAAGUUUCUAGCAAAUCAACUUCGAAGCCCCAGAAUGAGCGCGAAAGAGAAGAGCGAAGGUUGAGAAAAUGGCGGAAGAUGAUUGGCGUUGGAGGGACAGAUUGGAAGCACUAUGUCAGAAGAAAACCACAUGUGGUGAAGCGGAGAAUUCGGAAAGGAAUUCCUGACUGUCUGAGGGGACUUGUUUGGCAGCUUAUUUCAGGAAGUCGAGAUCUGUUGCUCAUGAAUCAAGGCGUCUACGAACAAUUAGUUGUGUUUGAGACGUCAGCUGCGGAGCUGGAUAUAAUUAGGGAUAUAUCUCGAACCUUUCCUUCACACGUGUUUUUCCAACAAAGACAUGGACCAGGGCAGCGAUCUCUUUACAAUGUACUCAAGGCAUACUCAGUGUAUGACAGAGAUGUCGGCUAUGUACAGGGCAUGGGAUUUUUAGCCGGUCUACUGCUUUUGUACAUGAGCGAGGAAGAUGCCUUUUGGCUACUUGUAGCGCUGCUCAAGGGUGCAGUUCAUGCACCGAUGGAAGGACUCUAUUUGGCAGGGCUUCCUUUGGUUCAGCAGUACCUAUUCCAGUUUGAGAGGCUUGUACGUGAGCAGCUGCCAAGACUAGGUGCUCACUUUGAGGAAGAAAUAAUCAACCCCAGCAUGUAUGCAAGCCAGUGGUUCAUCACUGUGUUCUCUUAUUCCUUCCCUUUCUCGUUGGAGUUGCGAAUAUGGGACGUCUUCCUUUACGAGGGUGUCAAAAUUGUGUUCAGGGUCGGUUUAGCAUUGCUGAAGUACUGUCAUGAUGAUCUGGUGAAGCUACCUUUUGAGAAACUUGUUCACGCUUUACGCAAUUUCCCAGAAGACUCCCUUCAACCAGAUACUCUCUUGCCGAUGGCUUACUCUAUAAAGGUAUCGCGACGUUUGGAAGAGCUGCGUCAGGAAUACAUAUUAAUGACUAAUCCUUUACCACCCGAUGAACUUGUUAAGCAGUCGAGCUCCAGAGAGCAACGUACUGAGCAACAAACACCCCGUGAGGGAGUGUUCACCUGUUAAUAAAAACUGUCCUUUGGUGAUGCACAUAUUGGAAGAUCACAUUAAGUUUAGGAUAUUCUGCUGUCAUAUGUGGCCAUUUAAUUCAUUAAAAGAGUAAAUCAAGCUUCUCAUCAAGUCA